AUGGAUCGCUACAGUGGUAUCGUGCAUAAUGCUGGCCGUACAGACGGAACUAAGGUUUACCUCCCCCUCGAAGAAGUCCGUGUUCACGCCCUUCUCCUCGACGUUUCCGCGAAGGUCACAAUUGACCAAGUCUAUUCGAACCCAUCCGACACCGCUACGAGUCGAGCGAAAUAUCUGUUCCCUGUCCCAGCAAGCGCAGCUAUAUGUGCGUUCGAAGCGCGUAAAUCAGAUGGCACAGUUAUCGUUAGUAAAUGCAUGGACAAAGACCUAGCGGCGGAGAGACAUGAGCGUGCUAUCCGUGAUGGGAAGUUUACGGGCCUACUCGAAACAGUGACUGAUGAUGUCUUCACCAUCUCCGUGGGGUCUAUCCCUGCCCAAGAACGUAUAGAAGUCAAGGUCGUCUAUGUGAUGACCCUGCUGAAUGAUGACAAUGUCGAUGAAAUCCGCUUCCAACUUCCUCAACAUGUCGGCGACCGUUAUGGGACGCCACCCGCCGCCCUUAACGAUGCGGCUGGAACUUCCACAUCUACCCGCAUUCGCAUCAGCAUUGACAUCCAAACGUCAGGUCGCCUCCACAGCGUUAUUAGCCCUAGUCACGGACAUGAUAUCAAAGAAAAAAGAUACCCGACACAUCGAAACCGCACAUCCCGACGCAGAACGACUGUGACAUACAGAUCCAAGAUGUAUCUCAGCAAGGACUUUCUACUCAUUAUUCACGCAGAAGGACUUGGCGCUCCCCGCUGUUUCGUAGAGGUGGCUAGGAAAACGUCCAGGCUGGGCUCAGAUACGAUCGCUUUCCAUCUCACAAUGGUACCAAAGUCCAUGUUACCUCCGUUGCCUUGCCAAGAGUACCUAUUCUUGAUUGAUCGAAGUGGGAGCAUGACUGGUAACCGCGUGGAGACAGCGAAAGAGACACUUGUCACGCUUUUAAAACUCCUCCCUGCUCAGGGCACGCAGUUCAACCUGUAUAGCUUUGGGAGUACAGUGCGUAGAUCUUAUCCUCAGAGUUUGACAUAUGAUCAAGCAACGAUGACCACGGCAGUCACCGAAGUACGUGGCAUGGAUGCGUCCUUUGGGGGCACGGAAAUUCGUUCGGCUCUCAAAGAAGUGUUCCAGACCCGUAACCGGACAAUGCCUACCGCAGUCUUCGUGCUCACUGAUGGAGAGGUCCACAAUACGCAGAUAGUGAUUCAAGACGUCGGAGACGCAGUGCAUGCAGCAACGACUCAAGCUCCCCUGCGCGUAUUUACGCUGGGCAUAGGCGAUGGUGUAUCUAGUGCUCUUUGUGAAGGAAUUGCCCGUGCAGGCAACGGGGUUUGCUUAUUCGCGACACAUAACGAAGACAUCUAUGGGAGGUGUGCACGCCUCUUUCAGGCCGGACGAACCCAGUUUAUUGAAGAUGUCACGGUCGAUUGGGGCAUUCCUCCCGAAGGUCUACGCUCGCCUACUGUCAAAUUUGCAUCCGACGACCUCAAGGGAAUGGUCCAACUCCGUGCCCCUCCGACAUUGCAACAAUCGCCUCCAACCAUCGAGAAUUUGCACGCUGGUACGAGGAUCAGCAUAACCGCUAUCCUCACUGUAGAAAGUAUCUCCAUCCCGGAUACGGUCCGGAUCGAGGGUCGACUCAGUGACACGGGGGAACCGUUCGAGAUGGUUGUCCCCGUACGCGUUGCGCAGAUUGCAGAUGCUGACCCAGGUCAGCCACCAAUUCAUACCCUCGCUGCUCGCAAGUUAGUGCAGGAUCACAUCGAAGGACGUGCACCACUUCCUUUAUCAGAGACUCCUGGUGUACCUCACGAUGCUUUACGAAAGGCGGCUAUAAUCAGGCUAGGCGAGAAGUAUCACAUUGCGAGCCGCUAUACGUCCUUCGUCGCAGUCCAAGACGGGGAUGUGGACAAGUUCGAGCAACCAAUACGAACGAAGGGGUUCCCCCAGACAAGCCAUAGACACAAUACGACGGUGAACGCAGCUGCUCAUAUCCCGACAGGAGAUUUGCAGCCCAAGAGGACCAUCACAUCGAUUUUCAGUGAUAUGUUCAGAAGAUGGUCUUUUAUUCCCCUAUCCCUUCUAUCCGCUGGACAGGGGAUCUCUCCGGAUCAGCCGCCUCAACACCAGAACGAGGAUGGACAUGGAGACCACGACGAUGGCUACGAGUCUUACCAGACUUUCUCAACCAUGAGUUCAUUGGAGUCGCGCUCCGAUUGGAUCUCGAGCGACUGGAGCGAAAGUCGACCUUCUACACCCCCUCCUUUAUCUGAGGCAGAUAAACGCAUGCAACGUAGUCCUUCUCCGGCAUUCGACGCUUCUACACAGGUUCAGCCCCCUCCGGCCUCAGCCCCGGUUCCACCAACGUCACAACUCAAGACCGAAGUCGUAAACUUGAUUCACGUACAAUCCUUUGAUGGCUCUUUCUCGAGCGAGCAGCUCCGCCAAAUCGUGGGAGAAGAGGCAGUGAAUGACGCUAGAGGACAAGGUGUUGAGCCCGUAGUAUGGGCCACUGCGCUCGCUGCAGCAUUCUUGAAGAAACAUGCCUUCGGCCAUACGGAAUUGUGGACCAAGCCUUUAGAAUUUUUACGCAGGUAUUCGGGAUCAGAGCACAUUCUCGCUAGAGCGAUUGAGGCAUUGGGAUAG